CGCGUUAUUGCAUAGUUGAGUUAGCUUGUGUUGAAGAAUCAAAACUGAAGCUCAGAACAAUUAAAAAAAAAAAAGCACUGGCGAUUCUCGCUUGUUUUCGGAACUAUCCAUGUUUCUUGUCUCAAACACAGUUUUAGUUUUGGUCUUUGUCUUUUCUUUCUAACGCUGUGUCUUCUUCGUAUUUAUUUCUUAUUUCGUGUUCCAUCUGCUAUGGUUAGAGGCAAAGAUCUUGUUCCCAAUGGCGUUGACUCCGACGGGGAGAACUCAAGGAGCAAGGUGUCACAGCAGUAUCAUGAUUUCGUUCAUGGCAAGAAGGUUGGUGUUGAUGAGUUUCAGUCAUCACCCACAAAAGUUGCCAUUUCUGGGUUGCAAGAGUUGACCCUCAGCUACCUCUGUGAUAACCCAAAAUUGGGUCUUGUUGAAAGCGGAAUUGGUGAUAGAAGCUUGGUGAAGGGCAAGGAAAUUGUAGUUUGUGGGAAUUCAGAUCAAGAUGAAAAAGCUUCAACGUUUGGUGGUGCUAGACAGUGUCUCGAACAUGAUUGUAUUCCAAGGAGAAUAGUUGUUGGAAACCAAAACCAUGAUCAAGAUGAGAAAUGGGUAGAGAGGGAUUUUUUGAGUUUGAGUGAAAGUAGGGAGAAUUCUUCGAAGAGAUCCAUUGAGGAAGAGUGUAACAGAGAGAAGAAUGGUGGCAACAAGCAGCAGAAGCUUGAGACUCUUGGUCUCUCUCUUGCUUUGCCUGAUGUGUCACUCUCUCUCACAGCAUCAAACGCUUUGAAAAAUGGUGACCAAGUUGUUAGGCCAAAGGCUAGUAGGCAAUCUGCAAGGACCACAACUACGAUCAAUUCAUGUUCAAAUGAUUACACAGGUGGUGCUUCUUUGUCUCAAUCUUAUUCUCACCCUUUCUCACACAACCCAAGUUGCUCACUUACCCGUAAUUCAACGGAGAAUUUUGAGUAUUCACUCAGCAAAGAUGAUCAAAUUUGGCAUUGUGGGGAAGGGACUAAUGGGUCUGUACAUAGUAGGUUCAAGCCAAUAGGUGAUGGGGUUGCUUUCGCCAAUCAUUCCUUUAUGCAAGGGAAUAGUCAUUAUAAGGCUACUAGUUCAGAUAACCAAUCUUUUUACCCUUCAGAAUUGCCUGCAAGAGUGAGAUUUGAAGCUCAGUCAGAGGGCUCAAGGGGAAAGAAUUCCGAAAAUCUGAGAGGCUUGGAAGGUAUGGAUGGUGGGAAGAUGAUGAAGUUUUCUACAUCAGAGAGAGUUCUGAGAGAAAUUGUGUCUGAUUCUAUCCCAGCGAUGGCAUUGACAUUUCAGGAGUUCACUGAUGAAGCCAUAACAUCAAUUAAGGAACACUUGAAAGGUCUCAUUGACAUGCCAAAUAAGAAAGGGGAAUUAGAAAACCUCCAGAACCGCCUCGGCAGAAGAUCUGACCUCACCAGAGAGAUCCUUUCAAAGUGUCAUAAGGAUCAGCUAGAGAUUUUGGUUGCUAUCAAGAUGGGGCUUGGGAGUUUCUUGUCCGGUGAUUUCCAAUUCUUGGAGAUGGUGGAGGUUUUCUUCCACAAGAGAUGUAGAAAUGUGAACUGCAAGAGCUUGCUGCCUGUUGAUGACUGUGACUGCAAGAUGUGCUCAACAAACAAGGGUUUUUGCAGUUCUUGCAUGUGUCCUGUGUGUUUUAACUUUGAUUGUGCAAGUAACACUUGUAGUUGGGUUGGUUGUGACGUUUGUUCCCACUGGUGUCAUGCUGCAUGUGCCAUUCAGAGGAAUCUAAUCAAACCCGGGCCUAGCUUGAAGGGUCCUUCUGGGACCUCUGAGGUGCAGUUUCAUUGUAUUGGCUGUGGACAUGCAUCAGAAAUGUUUGGCUUUGUUAAAGACGUCUUUGUGUGUUGUGCCAAGGAGUGGAGCCUAGAAACCUUGAUCAAAGAGCUUGGCUGUGUGAGAAGGAUUUUCCAGGGAAGUGAAGAUCGCAAAGGGAAGGAAUUGCAUAUUAAGACGGAUGAUAUGCUGUUAAAGCUUCAAGCUAAACUCGUUUCUCCUUUGGAUGCCUGCAACUACAUAGUACAGUUUUUCAGCUACGCAGAUGGCAUGUCAGACUUUCCUGCUUCUGGCAUAUCCUCAAAGGAUUUGUCAACAUCUAAGGCUAACCUUCCAAUGGACACAACAUCAUCUCUUCCACAAUCUAUUUCUCUAAUACCAAAAUACACUCAUGACAUGAGCUACUCAAGGUUAAAUGAUCUUCAACAGAGAGACAUCAAAACUUCCCUCCCAAGUGAACAUACAAAUGAGACAGAUUUCCACUUUGAGGCUUUAUUGAGGAAAGAAGGGUUUGAAAGCUUGGAGAGCAUUGUGCGGAUAAAAGAGGCCGAAGCGAGAAUGUUCCAGAGCAAGGCAGAUGAGGCGAGGAGAGAAGCAGAAGGGUUCCAGAAGAUGAUCAAGACAAAGGCUGCACAGAUGGAAGAAGAGUAUGCAGAAAGGCUUGGCAAGCUUUGCUUGCAUGAGGCAGAGGAAAGGAGGAAAAAGAAAUUUGAAGAACUCAAUGUCUUGCAAAGUUCCCACUAUGAUUACUUCAACAUGAAAAGUAGAAUGCAAGAUGAGAUUCAUGGUUUGUUGAAGAGAAUGGAGGCAACAAAGCAGCAAUGAGUUUAAUAUAUUUUAUGGUUGUUGUUGUUGUAUAAUAUUUUGCUAUCUAAAAACACUAGCAAAAUCUGUGUAAUUUAUUCAUCCAGUGUCAUUUGUGUUCUGCUGUUCCUUAUUCAUCAUAGAUAACUUUCUAUCGAUAAAUACAAUACUCAAGUUUUGUA